GCCCCGCCCCCGCCCGCCUGACUGACAGCGGGCCGGAGGUCACGUCUUUGAGGCGACCUUGCUUGGCCAGUGGGCUGCAACCUGUUCCCGCCCAGGACGACGCUGCCUUGGACCCGAAGGCCGCCAGGCCACUCGCGCAACCGUGACCCUUCGUCACAAACACGGACAAAAGUGACCUCACAGUGCGUCAUAAUGAUGAUGGUUCCAUUUUGAUCUUUGACCAUCGUCCCGCAGGGAGUCGUCUGCCCACCGCGACCUCCCAACCCCACUCUUUGUAUGGAAAGAGUCUCGCAGUCCUGGGGCACUUAGCUUCGUGGGAGGUGUGAGCCCCACAGUCCUGGACCAGGCCCGAAGCCUCGGGUGCUCGCAUGUGAGAAACAUUGCGGCAAAAAACCACCCGAAAACCGAAAACCGGUCAGUGUGAUUCCCGUGAUACUUACCUGUUCAGAGGUCAAAGAAGAAAACUGAAAGAACACUGCUUAGUGAGAAAUAAUCCACGGUAAAGGUAUCAAGGAUAAACAGCGUCAGGACGGUGGUCAUCUGUGGGGCAGGAUGGAGGUGAGCCAGACCGGGGGACGUGAGGAGACUCUCACUACUGCCCAGGUGCAGAAGAGGCAUUUGACAAAAUCCAACAUCCUUUAAUGAUGAAGUAAAACAAAUUAGGUAUAGAAAGAAUGUACCUAAUAUAAUAAACACCAUAUAUGACACAGCUAAUGUUAUACUGAAUGCAGAAAAGUGACUUCUGCAGAACUAUGACACCUGGCAAGAAACUGAGGAGAGCAUUAAGGACACAGUGGCCUUUGAGGAUGUAACUGUGAAGUUCACCAUGGAGGAGUGGGCUCUCCUGGAUCACUCCCAGAAGAAACUCUACAGAGAUGUGAUGCAGGAAACCUUCAGGAACCUGGCCUCAAUAGUGUGUAUGUCAGAAGAAAAAUGGAAAAUCCAUGACAGUGAAGAUCAGGAUGAAAAUCAUGAGACAAAUCUAAGCAGUCAAAUGGUAGAAAGACUCAGUAAAAGUAAAGAAUGUAAUCAGUAUGAAGAAAUCUUCAGCCAGAUCCCAUAUCAUAAUCGGAAGAAGAAAACUUUUACUGGAAUAAAACUACAUAAAUGCACUUUAUGUGGACAAGUAUUCAUGUAUCAUUCAACCUUUAACAAGCACAUGAAAUCUCACACUGGACACAAACCAUAUGAAUAUCAGGAAUGUGAAGAGAAGCCUUAUAAAUGUAAGGAAUGUGGAAAAUCCUUCAAGCAUCGCCAGUCCAUUCGAAUGCAUGAAAAGACACACACUGGACAGAGGCCCUAUGAAUGUAGACACUGUGGAAAAGCUUUCAUUUGUCGCAAUUACUUUCAAAUUCAUGAAAGGGCACACAGCGGGGAAAAGCCCUACAAAUGUAUAAAAUGUGAUAAAACCUUUAGUUAUUCAAGUAACUUACGUAAACAUGAAAGGACUCAUAUUGGAGAGAAACCUAGUGAAUGUAAGCAAUGUGGUAAAGCUUUCAGUGGUCUCAGGUCCUUUCGAAUACAUGAAAGGAUACACAGUGCAAAAAAGCCUAAGGAAUGUACAAAAUGUGGUAAAACCUUCAGUUACUCAAGUAAUUUACAUAAACAUGAAAGAAGUCAUAAUGGGGAGAAACCCUGUGAAUGUAAGGAAGGUGGGAAAGCCUUGCGUUCUGUUACCAAAUUUCGAAGAUACACGAUCAAGCAAAAUGGAGAUGGACUUUAUGAAUGUAAGGAGUGUGGGAAAGCCUUCAGGUGUCCCAAAAACUGUCGUAGUCAUGAAAUGACACAUAGUGGAGUAAAGCCCUAUGAAUGCAAGGAAUGUGGGAAAGCUUUCAGUUCACCCAGGUCCCUUGGGAAACAUAGAAGAAUUCAUACUGCAAGGAAGCCUCAUGAAUGUAAGGAAUGUGGUAAAGCUUUCCGUUAUCCCAGUUCCCUUCGAAAUCAUGAAAGAACCCAUACUGGGGAGAAACCUUAUAAGUGUAAGGAAUGUGGGAAAGCUUUCAGUUGUCCCAAUUACUUUCGAAUUCAUGAAAGAACUCACACGGGAGUAAAACCAUAUGAAUGUAAGCAAUGUGGAAAAGCUUUCAGUUGUCCCCAGUCCUUUCGGAUACAUGAAAAGACACAUAGUGCAGAAAAACCCUAUGAAUGUAUAAAAUGUGGUAAAGUCUUCAGAUAUUCUAGUAACUUACGCAAACAUGAGAGAUCUCAUACUGAUGAUAAACGCUAUGAAUGUAAACUAUGUGGUAAAGCCUUCAGCAGUCACUAUUAUGUUCAAAAACAUGAAAGAACUCACACUGGAGAAAAACCUUAUGAAUGUAAAGAAUGUGGGAAAGGCUUCAUUUUCCGCUCAGGUGUUCAGUCACACAUGGUAAUCCACACCGGAGAUGGACCUUAUAAAUGUAAGAAAUGUAAGAAAGCAUUUAUUUCUCCCAGUUCAUUACGAACACAUGAAAGAACUCACACUGGAGAGAAACCUUAUCAAUGUAAAACUUGUAGUAAAGCUUUCAGUCUUAUUAAUUCUUUACGAAAUCAUGAAAGAACUCAUAGGAGAGAAAGUCUGUGAAAAUAAGGAAUGUAAGAAAGCCUUCAUUUGUUGCAUAGUCUUUCAUGGGCAUGUAAGAAUGCACACCAGAGAUAAAUUAUAGAAAUAUAAAGAAUGUAGGAAAGACUUCAGUUCUGUUUCCUUUGAGACUUAACAAAAACCCAGUGGAGAGAAUUCAAUUGGUAGUAAACAAUGUAGGAAACCUUCACUUGCCCCACAUCACUAAAAAAACAUGUUAGAUUAUUCACUGGAUUAGUAUUAUAUAACUAAAAAAUAAAAACUUUAUAAUUUUUACAGAUAUUUUCAAGGUGGUGUGAAAAUUAAAUGAGAAAGAAAUACUCAAUAUGGAUAAGCUUUGUGGACGUGAAUUCAUGUAGAACAGUUCUUAAAAUUCACAACAUUAAAGAAAUGUUAUAAAUGUUAUUCA